GCUUUCUGGCUCUGGGCCUGUUUGGGCACAGAUGGGCCUUGCCCCCCUGCCUUGUCUGCCCUGAGUAUUCAGGCCCACCCCACGAAGCCCCAGCUUGCUGACAGCAGAGACCUUAGUGUCCACAGCACUCCAUGCAGCCUCACAGGAAGAGCUGAGCCUGGGACACUCUGACAGGCCUGGAGGUGGCAGGAGAAGCCCCUGGGGAGCAGGCUCCAUGGCUGCCCGGCUUACACUGGGUAGGGCCUGCUCAGCAAGAUGCCUGGGACAAAGACUCUUCCUUCCUUUGGAGCUCACGUACCUCAGGAGUAACUUUGUUUCCGUUCUUGAUGAAAGAUACAUGUCCCAAAGCAAACAUGUUGAAGCCAGAGAGCUCAUGUACUCAGGAGCGCUGUUGUUCUUCAGUCAUGGCCAACAAAACAGUGCUGCAGACUUAUCCAUGCUGGUCUUAGAGUCUCUGGAGAAGGCGGAAGUGGAUGUGUCCAACGAGUUACUGGAAAAUCUGGCUAAAGUGUUUAGUUUGAUGGAUCCGAAUUCUCCAGAGCGAGUGGCUUUUGUGUCUAGAGCCCUGAAAUGGUCCAGUGGAGGAUCUGGGAAGCUGGGCCACCCCCGGCUCCACCAGCUGCUGGCCCUCACCCUGUGGAAAGAACAAAACUAUUGUGAAUCUCGGUAUCACUUCCUGCACUCUACUGAUGGAGAAGGAUGUGCCAAUAUGUUAGUAGAAUAUUCUACCUCAAGGGGAUUUCGCAGUGAGGUGGACAUGUUCGUGGCCCAGGCUGUCCUACAAUUUCUCUGUUUAAAAAAUAAAAACAGUGCAUCAGUGGUCUUCUCAACGUACACCCAGAAGCAUCCGUCAAUCGAGGACGGGCCUCCGUUUGUACAGCCCCUGCUCAAUUUCAUCUGGUUCCUGCUGUUGGCUGUGGAUGGCGGCAAGCUGACAGUGUUCACAGUGCUAUGUGAGCAGUACCAGCCGUCCCUCAGGAGGGACCCAAUGUACAACGAGUACCUCGACAGGAUAGGACAGCUCUUCUUCGGUGUGCCGCCCAAGCAGACGUCUUCCUAUGGAGGCUUGCUAGGGAACCUUCUGAGUAGCCUCAUGGGCUCCUCAGAGCAGGAAGAGGGGGAGGAGAGCCAGGAUGACAGCAGCCCCAUCGAACUGGACUGAAGCUGCCCCCGGGGCCUGCAUGAGGACACCCGCAGUCCACAACUCCAGGGACAGUUUCAGAUGCGGGUCCUGGCAUGUGGUUCCUCACACCCAGCGGCUCUUGGUUCUGAGGCUGGCGGUGGCUGCUGUCUGGUGUCUGUCUCUAUUUAUGUAAGGUGGCUGAGGGCUGCGUGGCCUGCUGCUGUGUAGCUGGGACUCGAGAGUGAGGCCUGGGCUUCAGCUGGCUGGCGUGUUCCCUUCAGAUUGACCCACAAUAAAGCACAGGCCUUACUGCGGCAUCACCCUUUCCCAGUCCUUUGUUUCUGGUUCCUUUGGGGAGGGCUGAGGGGGUCACACAGGUGGCCUGUUGCCAGGGACUGGGCAAGUUGCUCUUGGUGUUCCCACACCUGGUGUCCAGUGCAGCCCGUGCCAUGCCAAGGGAGGCGGUAGCUGCUCAGACACGUGCACUGAGCUGGGCUUCCUCUGGUCUUGCGAACUAGAGCAGUUUUCCUUUUUAUCUUGUUUUACUUUGGACAUGGGGUAGCUCUGCAAUCAUGGUGUGCUUGUUCCCAUCACAGAUGGAGCACAUGUGCGCAGUGCCAUCAUCCUCAUGCCCCUCAAAGGUGGGGAGCAGCUGGCCGGGCCCAGUGCCCACGUGGUACUUGAGGCUGUGGCCAUGGGCCCCCUGGUGUCCUGGUGUGGCCUGUGAGAUUACGCCCUGCAAAUCCCGGAGCCACAGUCCUGCUGGUCUCUGAGAGCACCACAUUGCUGCUCUGGAAACGUCAUUGUUAAAAAGGGAUACCGUAGAACGUUCCAUUUCUUUCGUAAUGCAAUAUUUAUUUUUAUUGGGCGAUUGAUUCCUUUGACCUAACAUUUUAAAUUUUAACCAAAUAACCAGUCCAGGAAUUAUCAGAUCUGUCCUUUAUCACCCAUGCUAUUCCAGAUGUUACCAGUAUAAUUAUAAAAGGGGAAACACUUUAUUUUUUCACAAUUAAGUAAGAGUUGUAGAUUAAUACACAGUGAUCAUGCAUGGGAAGGAGGGAAAUAAUAUACAACUUUAUUUACUGUAAAAAUGGAAUUUAAAGGAAGGUUUGUGUUAAUUGUUGAGUAUAAAUAAAUUCUUUAUACUGGG